UCAGAAAGGACCCCGCAGCGCUGGAGGGGAACAGAGUGCCUUCCCGGUUCCCCACCACUUUCGCUCCUCCACCUCCGGAUUGGCCCUUCUACCAUGGACAGUAUCCUGGAGCCCUUCCCCGCGGAGCGCCUCUUCCCCGGAGGCGCGUCCAGUUUCUUGGACCUGGGAGAUCUGAACGAAGCGGAUUUCCUCAGCAAUGUGCAUUUCUCUGAGAGCUUCGACCACUUCUCUGAGAACAUGGAGGACUUUUCCAAUGAACUGUUCAACAGCUUCUUUGAUGAUCCCAUGCUGGCCGAAAAGAAUCCCUUGCUGGACAUGGACCUGGAUCCUCCUACUCCUGGCAUCCAGGCAGAGCACAGCUAUUCCUUGAGUGGAGACUCUGCUCCACAGAGCCCUCUCAUGCCUGUCAAGACAGAAGAGAAUGCCAAUGAGCUGGAAAAUGGCAUGUGGUCACUGCAGCAUAAGCUCUGUUCCAUCAUGGUGAAGCAGGAGCAGAACAUGGCACCAGAACAUCCAGAGCCCCACCUGCCGGCUAAUGUAGUGCCCAUGUUGAAUCUUAACCCACUGCAGAGGUUGCCUGUCCCUGAUGAGACUCCCAUUGAAAUGACACCCCAACCUGUAAUCAAAGCUGAACCCAAAGAAGUUAACCAAUUUUUAAAUGUGCCAACAGAUGACCUGGUGCAGAUGCCACCUACCCCUCCCAGCAGCCAUGGCAGUGACAGUGACGGAUCUCAGAGCCCAAGGUCCCUGCCCCCCUCCAGUCCAGCCCGCCCUACUGCUCGCUCCUCCACAGCCAUCUCUUCUUCUCCUCUUCUUACAGCACCACAUAAGUUACAGGGAACUUCAGGACCCCUGCUCUUAACUGAGGAGGAAAAGCGUACCCUAAUAGCUGAAGGCUAUCCGAUCCCAACCAAGCUGCCUCUCACCAAAGCAGAGGAGAAAGCACUGAAGAGAGUUAGACGAAAGAUAAAGAACAAGAUUUCUGCACAGGAGAGUCGCAGGAAGAAGAAAGAAUAUGUCGAGUGUUUGGAGAAAAAGGUUGAAACAUAUACAUCCGAGAACAAUGAACUGUGGAAAAAAGUGGAGACGUUAGAAAAUGCAAACAGGACUCUCCUCCAGCAGUUACAAAAGCUGCAGGCUUUAGUAGCAGGGAAGGUUUCAAGGCCAUACAAAAUGGCUUCCACACAGACAGGGACCUGCCUGAUGGUCCUAGUUUUGUGCUUUGUUCUGGUUCUGGGCUCCAUGAUGCCAUGUCUCCCAGAAUUCUCUGCAACAUCACAGACAGUCAAAACAGCUCCAAAGCCAGACAUUUACACAACCAGCAAAAUUCAGUCACGGAGCCUCCUGUUCUAUGAUGAGCCCGGGGGCUCCUUAGAGGAGGGCUACAGCUCCUUCAUCUCUGUGGAAGCUCCAGAGAAGUGGGAAGCUGAGAAGAGGCCAAGUGAAGAAGAGGAGCAGCCUCUGGAGCAUGUGCGCAGUCCCUUGGCUGUAGCCCACGAAACAGAAAAAUAUCUCAAUAAGCCCCGCCCGGAGGGGCCAAAUCAGAACCAGACCAGCUCAGCUCUCAGCCACCCCAAGGAGCGGUUCCAUGAGAGGGACAGAACCUCCAGUGAUACAGCUGAAUAUUUGUAGCAGCUGCCAGCCCUCAGGGCCUCUUCUGUCUGGAUGAAGGAUUCUUUUCUAGCUGCCUGAUUUAAGGUGGGAAGCCUGUGCCCCAUAGCAGGGAGUAAGUCCCAUUGAACUCAGUGGGACUUAUGUCUCAGUAAACAUGCAUAGGCUUGCACCAUACCUGGGAGAGGAUUCUCCAUUUAGACAUCCCCCAGUUGGCCUUGAGUUCAGUUUCUUGUCCACUUGUUCUUUGAUCACCAAUGUUAAUAUGGAUCUUUCAGUCACUGAUCACCAUAAUCAGGGAUAGCACCUGGCAACAUAGACAGAAGCCUCCACCUUCCGUUUAUCCCCGCUUGGGAUCCACAUGGGCGCUGGAAUAGUUGCAUUCUUUCUUCUCUCUGCAAGCUGCCACAAAAAGUUACCAACUUCUCAGCAUGCAGUUCCACCAGAAAUUAUCAACUUCUCAGUGUGCAGUAUUAUAUAAAGCAGGAAAAACUCUCUCUGUCAGGAAAAACUUUAUUUUUACCUUGUCAGCUACUGUUUUGUUUGAAUUUUUGUAGUAGUUUCCCCAUGCCCUCACACAUACACAGCCACAAACAAAAUGUAGAGAACACAAAAGCAGAGAUGUAAGAACAUAUUACAGUUAAAUGUCUGAAGAGAGGAAAAACAGUCUUCAAAGGAAGUAUGUUUUUUCUAAUUAAAUAAUAAGAAUAAGCAAAGCUCUCAAAUCAUAAUCCAUGAAAUUAUCCUGUUUGUGAGUAUUAUGGCUCACAAUACUCAUGUACAUUCCAUACAAAUGUACCUGGGAGUAAAUCUCAUUAAACUCAAUGCGAUUGACUUUUAAUUAAAGUUUUAAAUGCUAUAAAACUGAUCUAUCCAGUCCUCUAGUCCAAAACAUUUAUUCUGUUUUGGCUGAUAACUGCUUUUCUCUCUUUCCCCAGAUCAGUGGGCGGGUGUUGGUGGGGAACAUGUGCUUUCUCAGCUGAAGAUACUAGUUACAAUUGAACCCCAAAGCUGUUCCAGGAACAGCCCACAGAAUCUUACAUAUGGAAUUAGGAAUCGGUGUACAUCUGUUUUCAGGGUUGUUAUUUUUCUUAAUCUCCUUCCAGACAUUUUUUUUCUCUAAAUAAGCAGCCUUAAUGAGGUCCUUCUUUUUUCUUAUAUUCCCCUAUUAAACCAUGAUUGCAAGCUGGAUGGGCUUCUAUAUCAACUGAAGUAAGAUGUCUGUCAGGCCAUGUCCACAAAUAUUCUUUAUCAAUAUACAGAAGGAGAUUAGGCAGAGAUGGCCAGAGUGUACACACUUUCCCUGCCAACCAUCUCGUUCUUUCCAUGUUUCUUGGUGCUAAAUGUGCAGGUCAGCAGGCUUCAGUUCUGGUUCCCAGUUCAAGAAAUCUGUCAGUAUGGUGAGAUCUUCCAAACAAUGUUUCUUUAAUAAAUUCCAGCAAGACCAAAAUAUACCACUGCAGCUCCCCAAACUCCAAAGACACCCUUUUCCCAACCAAAACCAGCAUAAAGAACCACUGUUCAGUUAAUGCACAUCCUUUUCAUGUUUCCAUUAGCCAGAAAUUCUACUGGGCAUAAUCCAUGCGUGCCUCAAGUUCAUACUGUUGUACAGAGACCAAAAGCAGAAAUUGUUUGUACAUAAUGAACCUUAUUUUGUAUUAUUGCCAGUCCCUUAAGAUAUUGUAUUUUGGAGACUCUCAGAUCCUAUUUUCUGUAUUGUAUUUUAUUAAGAGUUAUUGCGAGCUUGGCCUCUAUGAACUUCCUCUCUUUUCAAGCUGCUGUUUCCUUUUAGUCUAGCAGCUGAUGGUUGCCUUGGUUGUUUUUUUUUUUUUUAGUGUUAUUGUUUUGUUUUAAUAUAGCACUGUUUUCCUCCUGUUACUUGCUCCUGCAAUUGCUUUCAAGCAGCAAAAUUAAAAAAAAAG